AUGUCUCCGCAGUCCCUCCGUCCCGAAAGCCUGACCGUCACCUAUGUCCCUACUGAUCAGUUGGACGAUGACUGGGCUGGCGUGACAGAUCCUGUGGAGAGGAGGAAGCGGCAGAACAGACUAAGUCAGCGUGCUUGGCGCCGCCGCAAGGCACUGAAGACACAUGCCGCUGUACUGGCUCGUCAGGAUCAAGGGCAGUGGUGUGGCUUCGGCAUUCUCCAACCCAUGUCACUCAACUCACUCAACCUUCCAUCAAGCCAAGUAGCUGAAUAUCUAGCGCCGGAAUCAAACGACACUAAAAGCCAUAUGUCGGCCAAGAAUCAUGACCUGAUUCUGCAAGGUCGAGCAGCGUCAGGAACAGAAGCUGCCACCAAGCUCAUACCUCCCCUGAUUCCAUAUCUAGAGGAGGAUGUCAUUCUGAAGGCUCGACACUUCGUCGUUUUCCCUCUGUCGCUGGACCAUCGACUCAUCACUCUCAUCCAAUACAACGUCCUCCGCGCCACCAUGGUCAACUUGUCCAUCUUAUCGCUCACUCACACUCUACCUGUUGAAUGCAGACUGGCCCUGUCCAUCUUUGACAAUCUGCCAACGCCGGCCACGGUCCCGCCCUCUCUCGAGCCGACAUCGCUCCAGCGGUCGACGCCCCAUCAGCCGUGGAUAGACUGUUUCCCCGCUGCAAGGGUGAGGGACAACUUGAUAAGAUGGACUGGCCGCUUUGAUCCGGACGAUUUAUGCUGCGAUCUGUCUGGCGGGCUGUAUGAGGGCUUCGACAACGUAGAGAAGCGAGGCAUGAUCAUUUGGGGCGAGCCCUGGCGAGAGGACGGCUGGGAGGUCACCGAGCGGUUUGCCGAGAAAUGGGGGUUCCUGCUGGAUGGGUGCCAUGAACUGGUCGAGUCUACCAAUCGAUGGCGGGCUCAGCGAGGAGAAGAUCCACUGAUAAUUGAAGUCUAG